AGUCUAUAGUGAUCUGUGGUGGGAAAGCCGAAAAUUAAAAAAGCCGUUAUUGUUGUCUUAAUUUUCAAAACAUUGAAAAACAAUCAUAUUACAUUACUAAACAAUCUUAUUAUAUUUUGUCAACAUGUCUAUCGAUUUAAAUUCACUAUCCAAAGCAUUAAACGAACCAAACCGAACUGUGAGUGGCGUCGACUUCUCAGGAAAAUCUCUGAAACUGGAUACUGAAAAAGAUGCACAACCAAUAAUAGACGCUAUAAAUGCAUGUCCCGACCUUCAGUACCUCACGCUAACUGGCAACACGCUGGGUGUGGCGGCAGCGCAGGCAAUAUCUAGAGCUCUCGCCCGCCACCCCGAGCUGAAGACUGCGAGCUUCUCUGACAUGUUCACUGGGAGAAUGAAGACUGAAAUACCUCCAGCACUGAGUGCCCUCGGAGAUGGCAUGAUAGAAGCGGGCGCACGGCUCAAAGUGCUGGACCUCAGUGACAAUGCGUUCGGACCCAUCGGAGUGGAGGGACUGGCCAAGCUGUUGCAGAGUGAUGUCUGCUCACAGUUGCAAGAGCUCCACUUGAAUAACAACGGCCUGGGCAUCACCGGAGGCAAGCUGCUGGCUAAAGCACUGUCAGCCCGUCCCCGUCACCUCAGGGUGUUCGUGGCUGGACGGAACCGCUUGGAGAACGAUGGAGCCAAGGCAUUGGCCAAUGUGUUCCAGUCGAUGGGGUCUUUGGAGGAGGUCUCAAUGCCUCAGAACGGUAUCUACCACGUGGGCAUCACGGCACUGUCGGAGGCCUUCAAAAGCAACCCGGGCCUUAAAUGCCUCAACCUCAACGACAACACCGUCGGGCCCAAGGGAGCUGCCGCCAUCGCCGCCGCUCUGCCGAGAUUAAAAAACCUGAAGUCCAUAAACUUCGGGGACUGUCUGUUAAAAAGCUCAGGCGCCAAAGCAUUGGCCAAGUGUUUGAGAGACUCUGCGUUGUUGGAGUCAUGUGACCUCAGCCACAACGAAAUAGGGAGGGAGGCUUGCAUGGAGGUUGUCGACGCGCUGACCUCUCUACCGGACAGCGGCGACAGACUAACGAGGGUUGUACUGGCAGGGAAUAGUUUGGGAGGUGCAGAGAACAAAAAGACGAUGAAAAACAAACUCGGCGCGUCCGCUGAGCUGAGUGACGGAGAGGGGAGCGAAGAUGAGUAUGUGUCAGGGUCGGAGUCUGAUGAGGAGGAGGAGGAGGAGGAGGCUCAGACAGAUGAAGACAGUGCGACUGAGGAUGCACAGCAUCUGCACGAGGCGCUCGAUAUGGGGAAGGAGAUCAGCCUGGAUCAGAGCGGUAUAGAGGAGGUGGACACAGAUGUGGGCAAAUUCCUGAGCAACCCCACUGUAGAGAAUCUGAUACAGCUCGGCUCCAAUCCGGCUGACGUCAUCGAUUCGCAUCUACAGUCAAUACGCGAUCAGGAGAGUCUGACGCUGGCGUACGUGGAGGCUCUCUGCUGUGUCUCCGGACUCUCCGCGGAGAGCGUCACCGCGGCGGAGACCUCCAGCCGUCUCUGUCACACGAUGGUGCAACGAGCGAGACAACAAUGGCUGCUCGCCAACACUUUGUUGCGAGCCUUGCAACUUAUUAAGUCGGAAAAUAAAGAGUAUAAAAUAAGAUGGCGCGUGGCGGGCUGUUACUCCGCGCUGGCGACGGAGAUCGACGCGCCAUACUUCCCGUCGCCACUCCGGGACACGCUCAAGUUCUUCGUCGCCAGCAAGAUGGCGGCGCUUCCGGCGGAAGUCAGAGCCGUCAUAGAGAAACAUCCCAACUUGUACACGUGAUGAACGUUGAAUGGUGUUUUUGUGUUAUUUAUGUGAUAUAAAAAAAUUAAGACGCUGAUUA